AUGUUCGCCGUGCGCGCGGCCGGCCGCGCCACCGCGGCCGCCGGAGGCGCGGCGUCCCGGAGCGGGCGGGGGGCGACACCUCCCGCCCCGAGGAGGCGGGCGGCGGGCCCGGGAGCCGGAGGCGGCCUCGGCCCUUUGUCCGUCGCCGGCGGCCGUGGGCUCGCGAACCCUGGCGGGAGAGGCGGCAUCCCCGCGGGCGUCUGUGGCUGCGGCGCGUCCUGCCCCGCGCUGCCUCCUAGCGCUCGCCAGAAGGCGUCGGAACGGGAAGGGCAGUUGCAGCUAUCUGGAGAUCAAGAAACGCAGAUACCCCGCAGUCCGUAUUGCAGUUACAAGAUGAGCCGGGAUGCUGCAGGCUUUGCCACAGUCUCCAUGAACAUGUGAGUUCCAAUCUAGAAGGACCUGGUGGCAAGAUCAAGCGCACCUCCAGCUCCGCUCACUCAAACAUCAGUUUCAGUGCCACAACUAGAGAAAGGAUUGCAUUCUGCCUAUUUUUUUCUUAAUAUGAGCACUCCAAUUAAACUUGUUUCGUUGAAGUUGACGCUAAGGUAAUGAGAAAAACCUGGCAACUAAAUCAGCAGAUCAGAUGCAGGCUGGAUAUUUAGGACAAACUGUUUAAUAACCCACCAUAUGUCCCCGGAAGCAUCCCUUCUUUUGGUUUUAAUGUUCUAGAAAGAUUUUAAGAAUAAACUGUAGCACUUGCCAAGUGUAAGACUUGCAGAUUUUAAAAUGAGUCUGUUGGAGCAUCCGGUACACGACUUCUUCACGCUAAGGGGAAUAAAUGCAGGUCAAAAUGAGACAUACAAUGACAAGCUGUUUAUUGGUAUAUUGACAAAAACCAAUUUGCCUGGAAUGUCAAGAGUGAGUCUUACAUUAGUCACAUAUCAAUUGUCUUUUGUAUUGUCACGUGGACAUACAGGAAAUCGUAAGUGUUUGCUGUCAGCAUCUGAUUAACCACUGAAUUCUAACCAUAGUUUUGGAACAAAGAACAAUUUUAUUUGAUGCCAACAAUUGUCUGCAGCAGCGCAACAGCACAGUUUCCAUUAGAGGAGGAUGAAUUUGAAUUCUGACAAGAUGUGGGGAUGAAACGUUAACUUAAGCCACAUGAAUAUUCAUAUAGGAAAGUGAAAAUAGAUGUCAAGGACUUGCUGCACUUAAGUCCUUGGUUACAUGAAAACUGUACACCAUUUGACAAAACAACAGUGGUUUCUAAUGAUUACUUUCCCCAUAUAAUUUAUUCAUCUAUUCCAGACCAGUGUUUCGGGGCUUAAUGACUAUUUGUAAAGCUCCGGCUGAAAUACACUCUCUAAAUGCAAAACAUUCACAAUGAAUGAAGUAGUGUAGAUUACUGCUUCAAAAAGCCACCAAAGCUCAUCAGCAUGUGCAUUGGACGGGUGCAUUACUUCACAGGCUAGGAAAGCCCUCUGUUAAUGUCCUACCCAGUUAAAUGGCUAAGUGUGCUUCCUUCCCAGCGAGUCCACUCUGAAGUGCAAAGAGACAGAACAAGUUGUACAGAAACUUUGUCCCUUCUCUUAUUUUCACUCCAUUUCACCCUUAUUUUUCACCUAUGGGGGCAAUGUCACAUCACAUCUCCAAAAAUAUCUAAAAGAGUAAAUAGUGAGAUUGAAUAGCAAAAUCAUCCCCUUUGGAAACAGCUUUUCUUCAUUUCUAAAACAUGACAGCCGUCUUACUGACAUGGUCUGAAGCUCUCCUCUAUACUUUGUGAGUUCAAGCACUUUCAUUACCAUCAAAAACAUUAAGAAGAUUGCUGCAAUUACCAGGACAGUUGAGCACUUUCAGUCCAUCUCUACCACCCCUACACACUAUUGAAGUCAGCUGUCAUUCCUUAUUUCUCCCUGUAGACCAGCUUUCUGAAAUACACAUCUGUGAAAGUAUAGACCAUGCCACAGGCUUCUAUCAGCAGAAGGAACAAA